UCCCGGGUCUCUAGAGGAGCCCAGGAAGGAGGCUCGGCUAGUGCCGCCGGGCCAGGGGCUGCCGGGACCAGGCUGCGGCAGUUGUUAGCGGGUCAUGUCGGCCGCCCAAGGCUGGGACAGGAACCGCCGGAGGGGAGGAGGCGCCGCGGGCAGUAGUGGUGGCGGCGGAGGUAGCGGGGCCGGCGGGGGCAGUGGGGGUAGCGGGAGUCGGGGGACUGGCCAGCUCAACCGCUUCGUGCAACUCUCUGGACGGCCGCACCUGCCAGGUAAGAAGAAAAUACGAUGGGACCCAGUUAGGAGGCGCUUCAUUCAGUCCUGUCCCAUCAUAAGGAUCCCUAACAGGUUUUUGAGAGGCCACAGACCUCCACCAGCACGAAGUGGGCAUCGCUGUGUGGCAGAUAAUACCAAUCUGUAUGUGUUUGGAGGUUAUAACCCAGAUUAUGAUGAAUCAGGAGGGCCCGAUAACGAAGACUAUCCUCUCUUCAGGGAGCUUUGGCGGUAUCAUUUUGCUACAGGAGUAUGGCACCAGAUGGGCACAGAUGGGUACAUGCCCCGGGAAUUGGCAUCUAUGUCACUUGUGCUGCAUGGAAACAACCUGUUAGUGUUUGGAGGUACAGGCAUCCCGUUUGGUGAGAGCAACGGCAAUGAUGUCCAUGUCUGUAAUGUGAAGUAUAAGAGAUGGGCUUUACUCAGCUGUCGGGGGAAGAAACCCAGUCGUAUAUAUGGACAGGCCAUGGCUAUCAUCAAUGGCUCCCUGUAUGUCUUUGGAGGGACAACUGGCUAUAUUUACAGCACAGACCUGCACAAAUUAGAUCUUAAUACCAGAGAGUGGACACAGCUGAAACCAAACAACUUGUCCUGUGAUCUACCAGAAGAGAGAUACAGACAUGAAAUUGCACAUGAUGGGCAGAGGAUUUACAUCUUGGGAGGUGGUACUUCCUGGACAGCUUAUUCCUUAAACAAGAUCCAUGCAUACAACCUUGAAACAAAUGCAUGGGAAGAAAUUGCAACAAAACCCCAUGAAAAAAUAGGUUUCCCUGCAGCCCGAAGAUGUCACAGUUGUGUUCAAAUAAAAAAUGAUGUGUUUAUUUGUGGGGGCUAUAAUGGAGAAGUGAUCCUGGGAGAUAUCUGGAAAUUGAAUCUGCAGACUUUUCAAUGGGUAAAGCUCCCAGCUACCAUGCCAGAGCCUGUUUAUUUUCACUGUGCAGCUGUUACACCGGCUGGUUGCAUGUACAUUCACGGAGGAGUGGUGAACAUCCACGAAAACAAACGGACUGGCUCAUUGUUUAAGAUCUGGCUGGUGGUGCCUAGCUUGCUGGAACUGGCAUGGGAGAAGCUGCUUGCGGCCUUCCCGAACCUAGCCAACCUCUCCCGAACACAGCUUCUGCACCUUGGACUCACACAGGGACUCAUCGAGCGCUUGAAAUGAGGAUUUCUGGACUGUUCGUUGAUACUGGAAAUGUUAAUUUAAAGAGACUCCUUUAUUUAUGGGCAGUGUAGAAUGUGCUACAAAGAGGAUUGGUUACCCUGAUCAAGGCCUUAUUCAGAAAAUACAUCAGAUGCCUUUCUGUACAUUGGUUUUAAGUUUAUAGAAUCUCACUUUCCCUUGUGCUUCUUUCUUUGCUUCUCUCCCUCCCACCCCAAUACAUAUACACACAUACACAUACUCACAUACUCCCUUUUCCUUGAUGGAAUUGAGGGAGAGUCUGAAAAUACCUAAUAAUAUUAUGAAUCAAGAUAAGAGUUUCUUAGAGGAACUUUGAUCAUAUAACCAUGUCAGCCAGUGCUCUAUAAAUUAAAGUAACAUCGUCAAUGAAAACAAAAAUAAAAUUAAAAAAUUAAAAAUCUUGCUACAACAACAAGAUAUUUUGGGGAUAGAACAAGAAGGCUAACCUUGAGAAUCUUGGAGAUUGUAUGUAAAGCUAGAUGUUUAACUUACUAUUUUCCAAGGUACAUCUGAGUAGCUGGUUCUAAUGGUGGCAGUGGUUGACAUCUUGCUGCAGAGAUACCCAAGCCUAAUUUUGACUUUGGAGGGAAUUUAAGCAGCUCAGCAGCUCUCGAUUAGUGAUAUCUUUUCUCAUCCUUAUGGUGCCAGCAAUGCUCAGAGUUGACCAUGGCUUUGUCAAAAGACUUAUGUGUUGUCAUAGUUGUGCUGUUUAUUGUUGAUCUUAGAAAUUAUGACACCAAGCACACUUCAAAUCAAGAAACUUAAGGUGGUCAAAGUGCUUCGUUUGAGCAGUUUUGAAAUGUUAUUCUUAUUAAUGGUUUCAAGUAUCUCUUUGACUUCUUACUUCUUCACGGGGAAUCGUAGAACCGAAAUGUAUGGCACACAUGCUGUAGGACAGACACAUAAGCCCGUGAGAGGCCAGAGAAGAGCAGGGAAGGGGGCUUCUGCUCUGAGCUGUGGGCUUUGACUGUCACAUUGACUGUUUCCUUUUAGAACUUGUUUCUUUUCUAAACCUGGGCCGUGCACCUGCUAUUUUCUUAGGCAGUGGGUUUUAUCUCUAGAAAGUCAGUUGGCCCUUGAUUUUUCUCUUAGCUUAUUGCCUCCUUUUCUGUCUGCUUUCAUGUGCAUGGUGCUGUAAUUGUCUAGUAAAUGGAUAAAAGGUCUUGGGAGAAAAACAAGAGGUCACCCUUCCCAAAGAACUAAGCAUCAUCUUAAAAACUAGCACGAGGAAGGAAUGAAACUGAGAAUCAUUCACUUUUUAGUGUGAAAUUCUAGUUCUGGUUUGUUUUGUGUUGAUUUUUAAUUCUGAGGAGGAAAUACCCUAAAUUUUCCCUUGCUUUGCCAUCAGGCUGCGGGAGUAGUUCAGCAGGUCGGCGAGAGGGGAGCACACAGGUGCAGGGCAGGUGGUGCAGGCACGUGGUGCUGAUCAUCCCGUGGCUAACCUCACAGCAGGAGACUCACAUGGGAGACGCGGGACGCAUUUUUUCUUUAAGUGCCUCUUUUUUGCUUAGCGUUUAAAGUUACUCUUUUUCCUUUAUCCCAGAAGGGAUAUCUUUAGCUCACGUGUGGAUUUAAAAUCACCUUUGAGUUAUGGCUAAAAAGAUACCAUCUAGUGUUCAGUUCUGGGGAAGAGAAUACUAUACUGCAGCCUCUAGACUUGAACUCCUAACUUGCAGGCCUUUUUAUAACAUCCUGUCCGUAUUGGGUUGAGUGCCUGUGUUUGCAAGGUUUUGUAAUAACUAUUCAUAUGUGAAUUUGGGUCCUUUCGUGGGGAGUGAGGGGCGUGGGGGAUAGGCAGAGAAAGGAGGAACUCUGCUAGAGGUCCCACCCCUAUCUUGCCAUGAUCUGUCUGUUUGGCAUUUAACUUACCACCCACUGCUAGGCUUGUUCCAAUGAGGAGUUCUCUCCAGAGCAAGUCAGUCUGACCAGCCCUGUGAGUUCACAACAAAGCUUUGCUGCAUGACUCCAGCCUGGUCUCUGGAUUACUGGGGGAAAUAUGUCCAGAAUUAAACAAGUCAUGCUGUCUCGGGUGAUGAAAGGCUUCUUGUCAUGGAUUUAUAUAGGGACCAAAGACUGAACGCUCAGCCUCUGUGCUUCUCUUUCCAUGGUUCCUGAGAUACAAGUCGGUGUUUGGCUUUUCUACACCAGAGAGGAAAAAAGACAGUUUGGUAUAAUCUACACUUGACAGCAUCCUUUUUAAAGCCUUCUGAGGGCUGACUUUGAGGUAGACUUUGGAGGCCUGACAUCCAAGACCUUGCAUAUGACGUUUUCAUAAAAGUAUAUAUCUUUGGUCUAAAGUGUCUUCUUUUAAUAUAAUACUAGUGAAAAUACUGUAGUAUGACCGAAUCUGAGUGCUGUAGAACUAUACAUUAUGUACAUGUUCUGGAUGCCAAAUGAGACUGUGUGUAUGAUGACUUAAAUGUCGAUGACUAGGGGUCAUCAGGCAUUUUAGCAUAUCUAUAACCAGCUUUUAAAGUUAUUCUUUAACUUUAACUCUGAAUUCCUGACACUGUUACUUGACUUAGGAAGUUUAUGCCUGCUGCUUCUCUGCCUCUUUGAGGUGCUCCCAGCCAUCUACUGCAGUCCUGUAACUUAAGUGCAAUAUAAAGAAACACGUGGUAUAUACAGAUUCUAUAUAGGGUAUGACUAUAAAGCAGGUAGACGACUUUCUUGUAUCUGUCUUGGGGAAGCCAGCUCAUUACUUUAGAGUUAAACUAUACCCAGAAUUUGGGAUGUGAUCGGCUCGCUUAAGCCAAUUCUUGGCAAAGCUGGAUUUUCAAGUCUACAUUUUCUUAUUCCAAUCCUUGGGUUUGUUAGAACUGAGACUUUCCCCAGUCUUCUUUGUACUAUCUUAUGUUUGCAUAUCUGCCUACAUUUCUUUGCCCAGGAACAAGGAAGUCUAUCUGUGAGAGUUUCCUAAAUGGAGAAUUAAAACCUAAUAUUUAACACUAUCAGUUCUCCCGUGUAUAUAAUAAUUUAUCUGUGAAUGUCAUACUUUAAGUAAAGAAAAUCAUGCUUUCUUAAUUUAAUAAAGUAUUUUCCACAUCCUGGAAAAACCUAUAGAACGAUAUAGAGUAGAUGGAAAUUUUAACUAUUCUUCAGGGGCCAAACUGAAACCCUUUCCACUGACAUGAUGUAAAACUUUGCGCUGAACUAUUCAUGUCUGUUACAUAGCUAGAUUUAAAAAUAUAAUAAACAUUAACAUUUCUAAGCAAAGAUAUAUUAACAGUGACCUUUGGUUACCCUGUAUAGCAAGUGUAAAGCACAGAUAAUUGAAAUCCAUAGAUAAUCAAUUUCAACUUUCCUUUCAAACAAUGACUCAUAUAUAGUUUUCCCUUCUUACUCCUUUCCCAUAAGCACCUCCUUUUUAAUGGAUGCGGCUAAUGAAUAGUUAGAAAUGGAAAAGGAAGAAUCAUGGGAGGGUUAGAAACCAGCAGACAUAGCAGCAGCUUGGUGAGCUGUAAUUGGUCAAGCUGCUGGCAGCUGUUGAAUGCUGACAUUAGGACCUACCAGUGGUAAUCCUGAGUUUAGAUGUUAUCCUUCACUCCUCUGCUUUGGCGUAGUUUCCUGCCCUGAGUUCUAGGCUAUCUGUCCUCUAACCCCCAAAGAACUCUUAGCACCUAUGGGAAGAAAAAGCAGUGUGUGAUGCAGAGGAAAGCCCAUUGUUUAAACACAUCACUUUGGCUCUUGACAGAUACUCAUUUCCCACUGUUCUGGCAGGAGCCUAUUUUUUCCUUUGGAAGUACCAUUUCCAGCCAUAUUGCUUGGCACGUAGGAAAGGUUGAAUUAUUCUCGAAGACUACGUUGUCUUAAUCCUGUACAACCACUUUGUCUUUCGGUGGUCUUACAGCUGUGUAGAACAUGGCACAGGUUACUGAUUGCCUACCUGUUGGCACUCUGAUGUAGCACAAAAAGCCAUUUUCCUUAUUCUUCAUUGUCUGGCAUUGAGCUCCAGGAUGGAUGAGGGUUUAUGGUCUUGUGAUCAUAAGCUCCAAAAACUGUCCCCAUUAGCCUAAAUUGUUUUGGUUCCCCAAACACCUCAGGACUCUGGGAGCGUGACGGGGCCUGAUGUACGCUCAGCAGAGUCCUACAGCCUCCGCAAGCGUCGCCACCAGAUCACGCCUAGCAGUGGCGUUGCCCUUCUGAGGUCGUUAGAUUCGGUGGAAAGCAACCCUUCUUGUCUGGUGUCAUGAAAAGAAGUUCUGAGUUGUGCUUCAAAAGUGGUGCCAUCUUUUUAGUAUAAUUUUCAUAUUUUUUAUUUUUUUCAAUUUUUAGAAGAUUUUUUUUAAAAGGCCCUGCUUUGUCAGUGUACAGGGUGAGUCAGAGGCAGUUUUACCAAGCUUAGUAAUUGCUAUUGUACUAGUUGCACAUUAGAAUACAGAGGGGGCAUCAGAAAUACACUGACUUUCUCUAAAGCCACUACCUUGUACAGAGUCUGAGCAGGGACAGCACCAGGUAUUUCCCUGCAAAGGCACCUGCCAAUGAGGAUUUCCUGGAAGAACCUAGGCAAGAAAGGGAAACCUCUCACACAGUCUCUGAGGGUGAGCCUGGGCUCAGCUCUUCGUACAGGGUAUGCUUAGGCCACACACGAUGCUUGCCUUACUAUAAAGCUAUUGCCACAGUCCUGUUAAAUAGUGUGGAAGUCCUUUUGCAGUUUGGUGUGCAUGCUGUAUGAUCAGGACAGCUUUUCCACCUUACCUGGUUUCCUACAAGCAAGUAGGAAAUAUAGUGAAUUUACCCUAAAAUGUCCAAUCUGUAUUUAUGUACCUUGUCAGUGUUUUGCUGUUGGUUUUCUAAAACAAUCUGAUCAAUAAAUCU